CCGUUGUCAGUCAUGAUGACUCAUACUAGAUCAAUUGCCUUGAUUGGGAGGGUGGAUCAAUCGCAUCUUCAUCCGCGCACUCGACAGCCUUAAUAUUUAAGAUGCGUAUCGCUGGUCAUCCCAAUCAUUCCUGCCAUCUCGGUACGUCCCAGUAUAUUUCGAUUGAAUAGAAUUGUAGUCGCCUGGAAAUUCACAAUGGGGGACCCACGAGUUCGCAAUAUGGACCACUUUACCCCGACUGUCCACACCAACAUCACUCCCACUCUCGACCCAUCAGCGAACAGCUUCCAACGGCCAUUCACCGUCUGCAUCAUCGGCGCUUCAGGUGCUAUUGGAGCUGGUGUUGCUAAGUCCUACGCUCGUGCCGGCUGUAGCGAUAUCAUUCUCGCGGGAAGAGAUCUCGAGGCUUUAAACAAUGUCUCCAAAUCACUCUCGGAAUCCAUAUCUACGUCUCCAAAGAUCCAUAUCCAACAUUGCGACAUCGCGAUAGCAGAAUCAGUACGAGCGCUCGCCGAGUUUGCAUCUUCAACCUUUGAAACGCUGGACGCGAUUGUUCUGGUCAGCGGCGCCUCCGGCUCCGUCGAGCUCCGCAUUACUGACGGAUCGCCAACUGACGGAGUAUGGGCCAGCGUAUUCGGCACCAACGCGCUCGGCACAUAUCAUGUCGCCCACUACUUCGUGCCAUUGCUAUUAAAGUCCCAAACAAAGGCAUUCAUGGUCGUCGGUUCCAUCGCUGCAUGCAUCACAAAAGGCAUUAUUGCCAACACGAAAUACUGCGUUAGCAAGUUCGCGCAAGCGCGGAUUGUGGAAUCUGUUGCUGAGCAAUUCAAAGCCGAAGGCUUACUGGCGGUUAGCGUCCACCCGGGAGCAGUGGAGAGUAAAAAUGCGAUUAAGAACUCACCAAAGCAGUUCCUCAAGUAUUUGACAGAUGAUCCCGAUCUUUGCGGGGCUUUCUGUGUAUGGCUGACCCGAGAUCCUUCCCAAUUCCAGUGGCUGAGUGGAAGGCUGGUGAGCGCGACUUGGGAUCCAGAGCAGCUGCUUUCGAGGAAAGAUGAUAUUGUAAAGGGGGACUUAUUAAAGUUUGAAGCGAGGACAACUCUCGAUCAAUAGCAAGUCAUAAGACCUAGACAAGACACAACAUAAACCGAAUACUUAAAUUAUUCAUAUACAAACAUUGAAUAUUUUAACUAGACAGAAUAGAUCAUCGUUAGGUGUA